GGUGUGAGGGGGAUACGGGGCCAGGCCGCGGCCUUCACCUGUGCGCGCGUGCGGUUUGUUUUGUACUGAAGCGCCUCCCGGAUGUGUGGCGGAGACACGGCGGCUCUUUCUCUCCCCACAUACACACACACACACAUACCCCCCCCACCCUCCCCCCCGAGGCGCUGUGGUUCAAUCCAACCUCAACCGACCCCCUACAAUCCCUCACUCUCGGCCUGGCCUUAUUUAUUGUCGGCCGUUGAUUCCACUGGUGCGGCUCGGUGAGGCGGCGUGUGAAUCGCAGUCAGAACUUUCUCUCGCAGUUUAAUAAAUAGAUGCUGUGGACCUGGCAGUACUGUUUGUUAAGUGGUGACACCUUUUAGCUUUGACCAUGGAAGAUGCCGCAUUUGACUUUUCAGCGUAGCUCGUGGUCUUGAGAGUUGAACACAUCGCAGGCUCAAAGCCAUUCCGGGAGAUAGUACCUUUAGAGGAUCCUGUGCACCUGUGAAUAGGGAAGGUUCGGGGAGAACUGGAAGUACGUACGGAGACGACAACCAUUUGCUGCAAAACAUUUGAGGAUUGGAAAGUUAUGAAUUGACCUGUAGCAGAGAUGCAAGCAAAGGAAUUUACAAGCCAGCAAGAAGAAAAUUCUGCUGAGUUCCACGCAAUCCAGAAACUGGAAAACAAUACUGAGAUUUGUAACGCCUCUGGAGAUUUAGUUUGUGUAAAUUGUGAUUUUAAGAGUCCCGACCAGGAACUCUUUCAAACGCACCUCGCUUCCAGUACCUCAGAACAUGCUAAUUUAAGAGAGAUAAUGAUUUACCAGAAAAGUGCAAAAUUGUUUCACUGUCAACAGUGUUUCUUCACAAGCAGAUUGUACAGGAAUGUUUAUCAUCACGUUGUAGAACAACAUAUAAAUUUGAUCAAGAAGGGAAAUGAAGAGGCUUCUCAAACAACUGAAUCCCAUGCCAGAAUAGCCCGUGGGAGAAAAAAAAGAACUUCAAAGAAAGAAUUAGAAGUACACAAAAUGAUUGAGGGGAAAAAAUCCAAGAAAGGUGGAAGAAAGAGUCUUAAACAACCAAGGGAAGCAAACACAAGUGAUCUGCAGCCUAGUAAGAAGAAACCUAGAAAACAGAAGCAUAUGAUCAAGAAGGAUUACAGUUCAGAAGAUUCCAAAAGCAGAAGUACUGAUUUUAACUGUGAAACAUGUGGUUUUCAAUUCUCUAGUGUUAAUGAACUAAAUGGGCAUUGCUGUAAGAAGAAAAUCAAGAAGAAAGUCAAUGCUCAGCAUUUUGAGUUUGAGUAUUGUGAUUAUAGUGGUCGUUACCCAAUUGAAUCUGGAUCAGGUAGUAAAUCUACAGUUUCAGGUAAACCUGAGGAGCCUGCUGAAGAAAAUAUAAAAAAGGAAGACGAGCCUUCUGAAGAAAAGAAAAAAGAGAAAAGUUUAGCAGAAAAUGUGAAGUAUGUUCGAGGAACCUUUUUCUGCAAUUCCUGCAACUUUCGUUGUAAAAGUAAAGGUAGUGCUCUGUAUCAUGUUGUUGUAAAACACAACAAGCCUUAUCCUUACCAGUGUAGUGUAUGUGGGAAAUAUUUUGUUAUUGACCAGGUACUUAAGAGACACAUGUCUGUGCACACCGGAGAACCUUAUUACAAAUGUUCCUAUUGUGAUUUUGAAUCUGAUUAUGCGAGAGCUUAUAAGAAUCAUGAAAAGCAGUGUAAUCCAGAGCUGAGAAAAAAUGCUUCCUCUGAAAAUACAGGUACUAACAAGCAACUGAAUGCAGAGGUAAAGUUGACCAAUUCAGUACCUUCCUUUGUGCCAUCUCACAGUUCACACAAGCAAGUAGAACAAAUGGAUGGAAAUUCUGUUGCAAAAAUUGAAUCAUCAAAAGCUAUUAUGUUGACAGAAUCAUCAAAAAAUGAUUCAGAACUGAAAUCUGGUAAGAUGGGUAAGAUGGAGACUUCAAAGCUACGACUUUUGGUAACUGCAAAGUGUGGGGCAGGCCAUCAAGAAGACUCAUCAUCCUCAAAAGAUAACAUUUUAACUUGUGAUAAAAGUGGAAAGAAGUCUGAUCAGCAAAGUGCAUACAAUAAACACAAACCCAUUCUUGCCCGACAGAAACAUCUGUCCUGUGGGUACUGUGAGCUGAGCUUUGGAGAUGUAACCGCACUGAGUGAUCACGUCAGUGCACUUCAUGCAGAGAGGAAAACAUUCGGUUGCGAUCGCUGUAGUGCCAAGUUUGACAGACAAGGUGAUCUGCAGCAUCACAUAAAAGUUCAUAAACAAAAUAAUUCAAAGUCUAACCAAUCUGGUGAUAUUGAUGACCGAAAACUUUACAAAUGCCAAUACUGUCCUUACAGCUCCUACCUAUUUGCAAACUACAAAAGACAUGUCAGGACAAUUCACACAGAGGAUUUCCUCAUCUUCUGCCCAUUUUGUAAGGGUGGAUUUAAUCUUCCAAGUGAGUUGAAGAAACACAAAUGUCAGCAGAUUCAAGAUGAAAAUAUACAAUCAAACCAGUAAGGGAUAGAUAUUUAAAGUGGAGAAGUGUUCUAAUCCCUUGAACUGAUAUCCCUAAUCAACCUACACCUUGAUGUCCAUGAAACUUGUCAAAGUAACAAAUAGUGUGGACCUGUCAAUUUAGACUAUCAGCUGUUAAGAUCUCUGAAAUUUUCACAAGGCUCUAAAAUACACAAACAUUGGAUAGAGCUAAUUCUGUGCUCUUACAUUUUAUUUACAAACUAAUGUGUUGUGAAAUUUGAAUUUAAAACUUUUGGAUUUCUGGAUUCAAGAUUGCAUUGUGUUUAAUGAUUGCAUCGGUUCAUUUGUGUUAAAUUGGCAUUGCUUUAUUAAGGAAUGAUGUGGCUCUUGGGCUUUUCUAACGGAUACUAGCCAAAUGUAAUUGUAUACUUAAGUUUUUCUCUUUUGAAGCAAGUCUUGGGCAUUCCAUAGAUUUUCUCAAUUUUAAACAGACAAUUUUCAAUGAAACUUAGUGGCUUGCCCAUAAUAAAGGUCCAUGUGAGUGUAAUUAGCAUAAAGUGCUUUGCUAUGUAGUUUUAAUCAUCCAAAUGUGAAGAUGUUUGUUUAUCUAGAUAGAAAUUGUAAAACAAAUUAAUCCUGUGUUUUCAUAAAAGUAGUUCACAUUUUGUUUAUAGUUACCCAAAUGUUACCUUCUGUUUGUAUGUGAAUACAAAAUUCCAGACACUACCACAUACAGUAAAUUGAAUAUAGUGAAGAAAUAUUGUUUGGUGUUUUUGAGAUUCUAACUUCAAAGAAAAGUUGAAAAGAAAGAAUACAUCUUGACUUCCAUUUUUAUAUAGUCUCUGUGUGAGAGAGAAGAUGGGUUGAAUGAAGAGUUUGCUAGGUACCGGGAGGGAAAAAAAACAAGAUGAGUUCAGUCACUAAAGAAGAAAAAUGACCCUAGGGCAUCACGUUCUUAAGCUGAAAUUGUUAUCUUUAGGAAAAAAAAGAUUGGGAAGAAGCUAUGAUCCAGAUUAAGAAUGAAGGAAUGCAUGUGUGUAUAUAAAUAUACAAUAUUGAAGAAACACAAAUGUCAGAAGAUUCUGUAUUUGACUUAGAUGAAGGAAACCCAACCAAACAAAUUUAUAACAACCUAAACCAGGAAAAAAAUUACCAGAAUGGUGAUGAUGUGGAACCAAUAACUUAACAAGUAAAAUCUUUUGCCUUUGAUAUAGUAACCUGUGCUUUACAGUGUCACGGUACACUUAUCUCUUUUUUUUAUUGUGUGAAUUACUUGUUCCUUUCAGGUGCACACUGAAAGUCAUGAUCCUUCACUUCUCAUUUUUGUCUUAAGAUUUGAGCCCAGUCAGAGCGAUCUCAAGGACUACCCACAACACUUUAUUUCUCUGAAACUAUUCUCAUUUAUUCAAACAUGUAAUAGUAAACAACAAUUUUCCUGAAUGUAGCACAGCGACACAAAAAAACUCUAGCACUUAGGUAAUACUUUAACUAUUCUGAGUUUAAACAGACUUUAAUAUAAGAUGCAAUCUUAUAAUUUAAGAACCUACUGAGCCUCAAUAAACAAAGACAUCUUGGGAAACGCAGAAGAGAUAAUUUGA